AUGGCCUAUCGCGACCAACCCGGCCACCAUCACGCUCCCUACGCAUCGUCUUUUGACAAACAAUACUACGAUCGCGGUAGAAGUCCCGACUAUGGCACGAGACCCAAGUCUCGCACUGGCACUGAUGGAUCUGACUAUCGGCCUCGUGACACCAGUCCGGGCUGGGACCGUCGCAGUUUCGACAGUGCCUCUCAGCCAAUUCAGCAGCCAUUGAAGAAUGCUAUCGGGCAUGCCUUUGAAAAGUCUGAUGCCGCGAGGGUUGUUGAUCCGGAUCUCAUUGCUCAGAUUACCGAGCAAGUAAAGAAGUCGGUCUUGGAUGAGAUCAAAUCAAGCGGCAUGGCUGGUACGACACAAGCACAAGCCAUACCCGUCUCUCCGCAGCAAUGGGUUCCCCCCUCUCCAGCGUCAACAUCAAACUCGAUCCCACCUCGCGACGUGUAUACCCCGCCUUCCCCCAAGCGCACCGACUUUCCAGCCCAACCAUCUCCGGAGCGCGACCCCUUGUAUCGCGAUCCACUGCUGGAUGGAAACAGCGACAUUCUUACCCCGCGUCCUGAGCGAAGUGCACCGGUAGAGCGGGAGCGACCGUCUGCGCGACCAGGUCCUCCGCCCAGGAUGAUGACCGAAGAUUAUACCCCGAUCGAGAAGAUGUGGCAGCGGCUGUUCGAGGCAGAUGGUCAACCUCUGCCUCGUCUUGGCCAACUGUUGCGAGGUUUGGCUCUGCAUUUGAUUGAAGAUUAUGAACCAAAGCACAGUCUUGUCAUCUCUCCUGCCAAGAUGCUCAAAUUUUAUGAGCAAGUCAAGCUCAAGGAUGAGAUCUAUCCGUGGCAAACAAUUUUCGGGGAGGUCUCUUACUCCGCGUUGUCCAAGAUAUACCGCGAUAUGCGAUGCCAGCACCAUCUCAUCCAAGAGCACCCUGCAGAACAACCUUACAUCCCCGCACUUACUCCUGCGGGCUUCCAAGAGUGGAUGACUACAAUGAUCCAGGCCUAUCCUGAUGCUGAGUACGAGCGACUGGUGAAAGCAAUCUUAGACAUGCCCAUCAGCAACGCAGACGACCGGAAAGAACGGUUCCCAAAAGAACUUCCUCGUAGGAUGUUCCCAACCAUCGAGAAUCUACAUGCGCAGCAAAGAUGUGCCGCAGCUUUGUCCCCUGAAGGCGUUGGCCCACUCCGUAGGGCGCCCACUUUCCCGCCGCCGCCACCCAAAACUCAAGGUCCUCCACCAGCGCCUAAUCUCGAACGCGAACGCAGCCCAUACUCUGGAAAGCCUGAAGCAAGGCCGUUCGACUUCGAAGACGAGCCCAUGUCCACAUCCGUGCCUAUUGAACGAGAGCGCAAGCCUUAUUCAGCAGCUCCGGGUGGUGGGAAGUCGUAUACUGACGACAUGAGCUCCAGCACUUACUCUGAUGGCGCCGCGAAUGAGAGGCGUCGACGUGCGCAAUCGACUGCCGGCCAAGGACCAUUUGCACCGCCUCCUCCAGAUGCUCACUAUCACCAGCAACCUCCUCACCCUCGCACAAACCCAACGAACGUCCGAUCGCGAAGCCCAAGCUUUUCCAAAUAUGGCACUCAGUCUGAUCCCACGGUACGAGAUAUUUCCAGUAACUACUAUGCCUCCAACAUGCACAAUGUUGCGGAUGACUCCCAUCGCUACGGCAGAGACUCUGAUAACAAGAGACACACUCGUCAGCGAAGCGGAACUGGUGGCAUGAAUGGAUCUUUCGACUCUCAAUCCCGAUCAGUGUACGACGAUGAUGACUAUUCAAGGUCGAGGUGGAAUUAA